AGACUUGUCAGUCAUUAUUUCAAAAUUAACACAACAACUCAUUUAUCUUAUUCGAAAGUUUUUAUUUGAAUUUUUUCUUUUGCAAUGGUUCUCGUGGUGCUUGUCAAACUGGGCGUGGUAGCAGGCGUUGCCCUUGCCACACAGCAGAUGGGAAUUUGGGAGAGCCCGGAGCACUCGGCUGUGAUUUUGGAGAACGCCAAAGAACAUCUCAGGCCUUAUGCAAAGGACCUGAAGGACCGGAUCUGCUGCUGGAAAUGCCAGGACAAAUGCAAAGAGGAAUUGGAGCCGAAGCCCUGGCGAGAGUCCUUCGUGGACUCUUGGAAUGACACCAUCAAGAAAGCCUUCCUCAUCCUGAAUCAGGUUCCUACCUACUAUCAUCACUUUGCGGAGGAUAUGGAGACAGCUGUAAGCGAUUUGGUCAAGGAAAAGAACCCAAAGAUAGAUCAAAAGCAAAAGGCAAAUAUUAAUCAGAAUCAUACCAGUUCCUCAAAGAUGGACAAAAUCACAGUAAAAUCCAAUUGAACACUAUUCUCUUUGACAUUGAACUUAGUUAUGCGCUGGCCAUGCUAACAAACUUUUGGCCAAAUCAAAUAAAUUUCUCAACAAAAAGAAA